CUGCUGGAGUUUCACCGGAGCGGAAUCGGAGAGACGAGGGUGAGCACGACGGAUCCGUACAUAGUACUCGAGAGCUCGAUCUACAGAUUUCUUGUGAGGGCUUUCGAAAUCGAGGUGAUGAAGACGCCGAGGAUGAAGAAGGCGGCGGCGGCGGCGCUGUUAAAGAACUGCUACGAGAAGGGCGAUCUGCCGAUGUCGCUGAGCGGGCUCUCGGUGCCGGAGAUCGCUCUGGUUUUCGAGAACGCAGAUGUGAAGUGGGAUAUCUACGGGGUCAAUUAG